CUAUUAGUGGUCCCGCAUCACAGAGUCUGGAUCCAGCGUUCCAGGGGUCUACUGGACGCCACCCAGCGAUCAGACAGUGCAGCUUUUGUCUGAAACAUCUUAACAGGCCACUAGCUAAAUUGGAGUCACAAGUCUAUGGAGAGUUUCAGGCUGCCACUUUUCUGCCCUUGCUGGACAAUAAUUCAAGUCAAAUCCUAAUCUUUGCAGCAGGGUCUGGGGAGGUAUUCGUACGCAUUAUGGAAAGCCGGCACUGUUUCCUGCUGCUGUGCACACUUAGUUUAGGACUGGGCUCUGGAGGGGCGACGAAAAAUGAUGAUGGCCUCGACCUUGUCGGCUUCCUGAGACGGAUCUACCCCGGGCUGCUGGUGAGAAACGAGCCGCUCAUCGUCAACAAAGACUUCGAGAUAAAGUCCCUGAAGGAGCUGGGACGCCCUGAGGUCCUCUCGACCACAGGGCAGACCAAGGGCAAACCAGUCCAUCAGGAUCCAAAGGGGGCCGCUGGACCUGUGGUGUUGACCAAAGAUGGCCAGAUCAAGGGGAUUACGGUGGACAAGGCCCAUAUAUUCUAUGGGAUACCAUAUGCAGACCCCCCGGUUGGGGCUUACCGCUGGAAGCCCCCCAGACCCUUGAGUCCUUGGCCGGGGGUUUACGAUGCCUCCUUGCCCAGGGCGUCAUGCAUGCAGGCCUGCAGCGGACCCAUCACUGAGGAGUGUCCUCGGAUAGUCAGCGAGGACUGCCUCUACCUCAACGUCUUUGUCCCUCUGGAUGUGAACUUCAGCGCCCCUCUGGGGAGCCCCCUGCCCGUCAUGGUGUGGAUCCAUGGGGGGGAUUUCAUCGCUGGCUCGGCCUCCAAGCCGCUGUACGACGGACGCUUCAUCGCUAACCUGACCCACACUGUGGUUGUGAGCCUGGACUACCGACUGGGUGCUUUUGGGUUCCUUGUGUCGGGUAAGGACUCUCACUCCUCAGCUGCGGGGAAUUAUGGGAUCUUGGAUCAGCAGGCGGCUCUUCUUUGGGUCCAACAGAACAUUCCAGUGUUUGGAGGAGAUCCCAGCAAGGUGACGCUCUUUGGGGAGAGUGCAGGUGCUCAGUCAGUGAGUCUUCACCUGAUGAUCCAGAGCAGCCAGCCUCUGUUCAAACAGGCCGUCCUGCAGAGUCUGCCCUUCUCCAUCCCUCUGAAGACCAGACACGACGCCCUGAAGCUGGGGAAAGACUUUGCCAAACAGACCCGGUGCUCCGUGAGCGACAUCGUCUGUCUGCUGUCUCUCCCUCCACAGGCUGUCCUGGCCGCCCAGAUGAAAACAAGUUCUAAGGUUGUGAACCCGUUCAGGUUCCUGGAGGUUUUUGAGACGUGGGGUCCACACAUCGAUGGGGAGUUAAUAAAAGAGCAAGCUGUCACUGCCUUCCAGAAGGGCCACUGGCAGAAAGAGAAGCCGGUGCUGCUGGGAACCACCUCAGAAGAGGGAGUGAUCUUUGCGUUCGGUGUCUUCAAAAAGCCAGUGUCUGCCGUGGAGAGCACGGUGUACAUCGCCGCCAUCUUCAAACAUCAUGCUCUGCGGAUCCUGCACAAGUACCUGCCCCUGUACGUGGGCGCCGACCGCAGGGACAUGCUAGCUCAGAUCGUCACCGACUACAUCUUCCUGUGCCCGUCCAGGAGGUCGGCGUGUGCCGGCACGGCGGCAGGCAGCAGGGUUUGGAUGUACGUGUUUGACCACGUGGCGUCGGACCACCGCGUGUGGUCCGGUCUGACCUUCUGCUACCAGCACGCCUGCCACGGCGCCGAGCUGCCCUUUCUGUUCGACUCCGCUUCGGUGGCUAACUUCACCCUGUCGCUGCCAGAGAAGCUCCUGUCCAAUCGGAUGCUGUGCUACUGGGGCGCCUUCGCCCACGCAGGCGACCCCUCCUCGCGGGCCCAACAGACCGCUUUCUGUCGGGGGCAGCGUCUGCCCGUUUGGCCGCGCUACUCCGACACCAGCAGCUGGCUGGUCAUGAACCUGACAGUGCGUUCUCAUGCACAAGUGGGAACCAGGGACCACAUGUGUGACUUCUGGGACCAUCUAGGCAUCUAUUAGGGAGGGGGCGGGCUGGGCUGCAACGUGUUGACUCACUUUGCAGUACAUGAAUGUAAAUCCAGUCUCUAAAUCUAGCAGCAUGUAGUUGCGGUGUUCAUCACAAAAUAUAUCUUCAUAAAUUGUGGCCUAUAGAAAUUGCUUCCAAGCCGCAUUUACAGUGUAAUAAAUCAUCAGCUUUCAGAGAGAAAAUCUCAUUUCUACGACAAAGGAUGCACAAAGACAAGUUGCUUUGUUUGGGGUAAAUUUAAAAUAUUUCAACCUGAGUGAAACGUGUCCUCCUACCCUAAAGCUACUAUAGAUGGACUCAUCAUGACAUACAGAGACAAAGAAAAGUGGAGACUCCAAAGAUUAUAUCUAUAAGACAAGACCUUGUCACGUCAAGGCUAGACAAAAAGGGGCUAGCUUAAAAAAUGCAAUUGACCAAAUAAUAAGUGCAAGAACACUGUAUUUUCAGCCGUGUGACAGGUUCUGUUUCCUGUUUCCAACAGCCCUUGUCAGAUGUCUUAGUGAAACCCAACUAAUACACUGGGAUGGAUUUAAGGCCUUUAACUACCAGCUGUACUUUGUGUUAGAAUGUAAAAGCACGUGUCUUCUAAUGGUCUGGUUUAUAAAAGGCUUUACCAGACAUUUCUCUUUUGGUUUUCUUUUUAAUCUGGAUCCCAGAGCUCAUGUCCUACAUGAAAUGUACCAGCCGUCAUUCCUCAUGCGAGUGGUACUUUCAUAAAAAUGGGAUUUAGGAUUCAAAAGACAACUUAUUUGUGCUCAUUGUGUAUUUUAUUGUUUAGAUAGUUCUAUAGAUAUA